CGCCGAAGCCCAGAUGCCUCGCCAGGCCGCGUCGCGGUUGGUGGUCGGAGAGGGCGAGGGGUCCCAGGGGGCUUCGGGGCCUGCAGCCACCAUGCUCCGCUCCCUGCUGCUUCACUCCUUGAGGCUCUGUGCCCAGACCGCCUCGUGCCUCGUGCUCUUCCCGCGCUUCCUCGGCACGGCCUUCAUGCUCUGGCUCCUCGAUUUCUUGUGUAUCCGCAAGCAUUUCCUGGGCCGCCGCCGCCGGGGGCAGCCCGAGCCCGAUGUGGAGCUCAAUAGUGAAGGCGAGGAGGUGCCCCCCGACGACCCGCCCAUCUGCGUGUCCGACGACAACCGCCUCUGCACCCUGGCGUCGCUCAAGGCGGUGUGGCAUGGCCAGAAGUUGGAUUUCUUCAAACAGGCGCACGAGGGCGGUCCAGCGCCCAACUCCGAGGUGGUUCUGCCCGACGGCUUCCAGAGCCAGCGCAUCCUCGACUACGCGCAAGGGAACCGCCCGCUGGUUCUCAAUUUCGGCAGCUGCACCUGACCACCGUUCAUGGCGCGUAUGAGCGCCUUCCAGCGCCUGGUCACCAAGUACCAGCGCGACGUCGACUUCCUCAUCAUCUACAUCGAGGAAGCACACCCCUCCGAUGGCUGGGUCACCACGGACUCCCCCUACAUCAUCCCGCAGCACCGGAGCCUGGAGGACCGGGUCAGCGCAGCGAAGGUACUGCAGCAAGGUGCACCCGGCUGCGCUCUGGUCCUCGACACCAUGGCCAACUCCAGCAGCUCGGCUUAUGGAGCCUACUUCGAGCGUCUCUAUGUCAUCCAGAGUGGCACCAUUAUGUACCAGGGCGGCCGGGGCCCCGAUGGCUACCAGGUCUCUGAGCUGCGCACUUGGUUGGAGCGCUAUGAUGAGCAGCUGCAUGGUGCUCGGCCCCGGAGGGUGUAACACAGUUCAGCACAGCUGCCUGAACUUGCUGGGCUGCGCCUUCGAGCCUUCGAAGCCCACGUGCAAGCGCCUCAAACCAAGUCACGCUUGGCGAGGCCCCAGUGCCACAGAUGUGCUGAGCCACCAUUCCAGACUGAGUCUGCACCCUCAGCCACCUGAGCAGUCUCCCCUACCUCCCUGAGACUCUGCUUUUGAACUGUCUCAUUCACACCUGCCUGGCUCACUGGAAAUCCUCUUCUGAGCGUGGGAUACGGCUUUCCCUUGUCCGUGUGCCGCUAGAGGAUUUGCCUUUACAACAGCACUUUCUUACACCCGCUCCCCAGCGUGCCCUCAACCAAGUGCUUUGGCCCAGUGCUUCCCGCAGCGCACAAGAGAAGACCUUGGCCACGCCCGCGCGCCCUGAGGCCCUGAGCACAGCUGGGUUCCAGGAGGCUUUCGGCUCAGCUGAGCUAGUUGCCUGGCACCCACCUGUCGCGCGUGGAGAGGGCUUCCCUGUUGCUUUUGUGUUAUUUCCUAUCUCUGGUAGGGGAAGGGAUGUCGGGGGUGGGGAGGGGUGGGCAGGGCAGUUUCCCCCACUUGUUUUGGGUGCACAGGGGCCCCACUGCUGAUGAUGAACUGUCUCUAACUGGUCUUGACCACGAGCUAGUUCUGAAUUGCAGGAGCCUCAAAGCAGCGCCUGAACCUUGAGGGGGAGAGUGCUCUGGGUUUCCGUGGGGAAACCCCCUUAAAUGGGUGGGGGGAGGUUUGGUUGUCUGCUUUGGGACCAGAGGAAGAUUGCUUGAGAGGCAUUGGCGAGGUUCGCAGCGCCCCAGGGAGAGAGAAAAGGCUGAGACUCCUGGGGAAUGGGGUUGGAGUGAUGGAGUCCGGUGAAAGAGAGGUGGGGGGAGAGCCUUUGGUCCCCAAGUGAGGGGCAUCCUAGGCAGAGCUGCUGAUUGUGGGGCUGAGUGGUGGAGGGCCCCUGAUUGGAAGGCCAUUUGGUGAGUGUUUUGCUGGAAACAGUUCCUGUAUAUAAACUUCUUUCAAUCUCCAAUAAUAAAGCCUUUAAGUAAACGGCUU